AUGCGCUGGGGCAAACCCGCUUCUCCCACCACGCCUGAGGUGUGGCCUCCUCACCCGCCUCCUGGCGAGACGGACCUCGAGAGAGCUGUUCGUCUGGAAGAGGAAAAGGAGGCCAAGCGAAUCUCGGAUGCCAUUGACCACGACCUUGAGUUGGACAAGGUGGAAUGGCGCAAGCGAAAGUACCACACGAGGAUCCUGCUACUGGGGCAGGCAGAGUCGGGCAAGUCGACUAUGCUGAAGAACUUCCAACUGCAUUUCACUCCCGAGACGUUUCAUGCCGAGGUGGAGGCAUGGCGUGCAGUCAUUCAUCUCAACCUCAUUCGCUCAGUCAAUUUCAUCUUGGACCUUCUACCAAAUUCUCGCGCGAACACCGCGUGGACUCCCGAUCCAGGUGCCAAUUAUCUUGCGCGAAGCUCCCCCCUCGACAAGGGUUUCCAGCAGCUUCGAAUGCGGCUGUCCCCCCUGCGCCAGGUAGAACAGAUUCUCGUGCGGCGUCUUUCGGCAGACGAGUCCGCGCACAGUGUCUCGGAAGUGGAAGAAUCGAUGCCAUGGUAUUACGGACGGGCUUCCGAAGUAUCUGUUCGAGGCGGAUCGGGCUGGAAAGCUCUCAUCCGCAGACGAUACGCGUCGCCCCCAAACAUACGCCCAGACGAGAUGGACAGCGCGCGACAGAUUCUGCAUGCGUGUCGGGAGGAUAUUGUGGACUUGUGGACUGACCCUCUCAUCCAAGCGGAGCUGAAGGUGGAGGGCGUUUCGCUGCAGGAACAGUCUGGAUUUUUCCUGGACGAGGCUGCGCGUGUGGCAUCUGCGAACUAUGAACCUACAUUGCAUGACAUUCUUCGUGCUCGACUGCAAACGAUCGGGGUCGAAGAGCACACCAUGACUGUGGAGAAAUUUGGAGAGGCAACACAACAUUGGAUAUUCUAUGAUGUCGGCGGUGCACGUGGACAACGGGCUAGUUGGGUGCCAUACUUCGAUGAUAUCAACGCUGUAUUAUUUUUAUGCCCUAUGUCUGCAUUCGACGAGGUACUCCUAGAAGAUCGAAGUGUUAACCGACUGGCAGAUUCCUUUGAUCUAUGGAAAACGAUUUGCACAAGCAAAUUGCUAGCGAUGACCACAUUUAUACUACUUCUCAAUAAGAGCGAUGUGUUGAAAGCGAAGCUCGAUGCCGGAAUCUCGUUCGCGCGAUACGUGAAGAGCUACAAGGACGGUCCCAAUGACUUCGAGAACGUCUCUUCAUACUUGAAACGUAAAUUUAUUGCGAUUCUCCAACACUACUCGCCCAAGGAGCGACAGAUGCACGAUAUUAACACGACAGCGCUUGUGAUCACUCGCAUUAAGGAAGCGAUCAUCGUCAAUAAUUUAAUCUCGAGCGACUAUUUAUGA